AUGGCUGCAGCAUUUCGCGGUCUUUUCAGCGGAGGAAGGCAAUCUGCCAACCGUGCUGACGUUGCGAAUGAAGACGGGCCGGCACCAGGAGAUGUGGUUGUGACUGGUGUUCCUGUGGAUUCCGAAGUGGCACAGUCUGAAGCGGUUUCUUCGGCUUCAGCGGCUGCAGCGUCUGUGGAUCUCACGGUGAUGACGCAGCAGGUGAGAGAUCAACGUGCUGAGAUUGCAGAGGCUUUGGUGCGCAACAUGAGGCAAUUCCGCCCCAACAUUUGCCUCCUGAGCAAUGACCAGAUCCUGCGGCACGCCUGUGACAUUGCCAUGGCUCCAGACUGGAUGCAGAACACCUACAACACUGAAGUGGACUUUACCUGGGCCUUUGCUGGCUUCAAUGUCCUGCUGAGCUCCUUCUUUCCUGGCGGCACCAAGACCAAGGCGGCUAUGGAUGAAGUGGCUGCAAGUAUGAAGUUGCCUGAUCCAUCGGUGGUGGACGAAGCCAAGAAUUUGCUGCAGGUCAUGCCAAUGCGUCAGAGCGUUCCCCCCCGCUGGCAAGUCAUUGCAUCUUGUGCCCGGGAGAUUCUGGACCAGUUUUGCGAAGUUACUCCCGCAGAGCAGGGCACCGUGUACACGGGGAAGAUUCUGCUGCUACCCUUUGUGAUGAAUGGACAGGCCAGAGGCUAUGAUCUUCAAGAAGUCGAGGCAGACGGCUGGGCUGGGUGGGCCCUCCCGUUUAACAGAGACGAUGGCAAACUCAUGCACAUCACAAUCUACGCCAGGGAUUGCUUGCAUUUUGUCAAGGCUUUCCUGAACAAGUCUGGCUUGGGAGUCGGACGGUCUGAGCCUCGCAGCUUGCUUGCUCUUCAAGGGGAUGAGGAUGAGACGGUCGCCUUGGAGGCUCGCAAUAAGAUGCUCCUGAAGAACAGCUUUUUCCAUGCCGCCUUCGAGCCGCAUCGUCAGGAGAUGCACAGGGCUGGAUUGCUCUUCUCAGCUGACAACGACAAGACCGUCCACAACGAAAUGCUCUGCAUCCUUUCCAUUUUGGAGCCUGGCUUUUCGCAGCUUGUGGACGGCGGGGUCGCAAUGACCAACUCGUCAAUUUGGGUCACAUCCAGCGGCUUCUUUUACGUGUUGCGUUUUGCACCCAUCCAGACGGCCAACAAGAAAUUCGUGACCCCGCUGUUCACAUUGAAGGCUGAGAUUGUGAAGGGGGACUUCGUCAACGAUGACUUCAUGGUCCGACAGAAAAGGGAAGUGGACGUGAUGUUCGCCGGAGAUGGAGCAGAUGAUUUUGGAUUGGUGUGGGAUGGCUACCAGGUGGAUUCUUGGUUUGUUUUGGGCCAGGGCUUGCAGAAUGAACGGGCUAUCGCAGUGAAGAAGAGCGGCACCUGCCACGUGGUGGCCUUGCAGCUUAUCCGCCGCUUGGAUGCUGUUGGCGCGCCCUACAGCAUCUGCGUUGCUCGAUGCCAGAGGGCUCCGGGCGGCCUCCACUUGGGAUUGCUGCAAGGAGGAGCCCAGCAGUAUUGCGUGGACACGAUGCGGCAGACCGGAGAUGCCGAGCAGAGCCGCGCUGCAGCACAGAAGGGCAGCGGCAAAAAAGGCUGGGGCAACAACAGCGGCUGGAGCGGCAACAGCGGCUGGAGCGGCAACAGCGGCUGGGGCGGCUCUGGCAGCAAGGGCGGCUCUGGCGGCUGGGGCAAGCCAAGCGGGCAGGGCACUGGCUGGGGAGCACCGUUAACCACGACCUUUCAAGGGCCAGUGCGUCCUGGCCCAGGGAUGGCAACUCAAGCAGAUCCAUGGGCCGGAUGGGAGACCAAUGACGAUGGGGGCAAUGAUGGGGACGGCAACAGUGUGGCCCUACUGCAGCUCUGCAGCUGCGCCUCCUCCGUUGCAGGCAUGCACAGCCAGGCUGCAGCUUUGCUGGUUUGCUAUGGCCUGGGGAAGGUGGUUGCGGAGAAAUCUGCUGUGGAGACGCCGGACAGGAAAAACUGGAAUCCAGAAUCCUUCCUUUGGUUCAGUGCUGCAGCGAGAACCCGAGCUCUUUCGUUAGAGGUUUCUGGCGAUGUUGCCAGGUGUGGGCUGGUAGCUUCAGCAUUCAAGAUAUGUGCUGAAGCUCGUGGUUCCCGCUGGCGGCUUCACACUUUAGGCAAACCAGCGACUGGCUGCAAGCAUACCAGCAAGAAGGCCAUGGCGCCAACGCCUGUUGACCCUGCUGCUGCCGUCAAGCUUUGGCUAAAGGCUGCAAACUCUGGGGAAGCUAGCGACAAGUGGGGCCGUGUCCAGCGAGCUGCUCGGAGCUGCGUUAAGGGAAAGGAUGCCAACUUGCUGUCAUUGGUGCAAUUUCUUUUCAGGGAUUUUGACCUGGCUGUAGUUCCUGUUGCAGCCCUGGCUGCCUACAUGACUUAUCGAGCCGGUUGUCGAAUUCCACCCCUAGGGAAGGAUCCUGACAACGUGAUGCUGCAGAUCUUGCACACCGACAACCCUUUUUUGAGACUGGAAGGGGCCCCUUUUACCUUUCUAGACAGCUGUAGAGGCAGCUUCUUGCAUUCAUUGAUGAAGCACAGAGGUGACAAGGUGACGGACUAUUUGGUGAAGAUCUUGGCGACGCCACAUGUGCAACGACUUGAGAGUCGUGAACAGCUCGGGCUUUAUGUGUUUGAGACAUGCUCUCAGCAAAGGAUUUCAUUGCUCGGUGUGAUCCACCAAUUCUUCCGAGACACCAAUGGCGUAGGACAACGAAAGGCUUACAUGCCUUCCAGAGUGAUUUCCAAGCAUGGCAAGAAGUUGCGACCAAACCGUGAUCUGGGGCAGUUGCGCCUCGCAGGGGCAUUGAGUCUCUGUGGGCAAUUUUUGGAUGGCACGCUAGAUGCCAUUUGCUUCUUGUCAAGGAGCGAAGAGGCGGUGCUCGCUCAGCCACAGUCAGAGGAAAUGCACUUGGUCUACUCAGGGGGAUGCAUUGCGGGCGCUGGCCGCAUGCGAAGGAUCCCUUUGGGUGCUCGCAAAAUCGAAACAGCGGCAGUUCGCUUCCCAACACAACGGGUGCGGGUGAAGACAUCUAAGCGUGAAAAUUUCACGUCCUGUGGAGAAGCCACGACUUUUCAAGGCAGCUAUAGUGGAGUGGAGUUUCGGUCCUCCUAUGAACUUCCCCUGAUGUCAUUGACUGAAAAAGCACAGGUCCUCGGCUCUGCGGCUUCUGCGGCUCCUCCGGAGGACUGGACAGAUCGCUUUGGGGACAAUGCAGUGCCACUCUUUUGGCAAGAGUCCAAGCCCAUCAGCUUUUUCAAUGCAAUCCUUGACGAGUACAAGGUGACCGCAGUUUUCGAUGUGACAGCCGGCUCCGGCGCAUUCAUGGAAGCCAGCCUCACCAGAGGCGUUGUCUACCACGGCCUGUGCUUGAACAAGGAACACCAGCACUGGCUCCAGGCCAUUGCGGACAGAGCCGCCUGCGGGCUAAUUACCUUGGAGGGAUCAACUCUUUUCAAUGAAGCUUUGGCAGGAGACGUGAAGAAGUUUUUCCCAGAUGUCCUGGAAAACUUGGCUCCCAAGGACAACCCUGAAGAAGCCCCAAUGGAACCAGACAGCCCCGGUGAGUGA